AUGAAUAAUCCUAACAGUGACCCAUUUGCAAAUUCAAAUUCCUCUAAUAUGUACACAAACACAAAUUAUAAUAACACAGUCAGUAAUGUACCGAUUUUAAAUGGUGUCAGUUUAUCAUCGAACAGUAGUCUAGUGCAAACAGAAGAAAAUACACCAUAUAACAACAUAUUUACUCCAGCAAGUAAUGAGAUGACAAUAACCAAUUCAGUUCCAUUAACCCCUCAACAACAGCAACAGUCAACAGAAUUACAACGCAAAACAAUUAUACAGCGACAACUUGUGUUACUGUUACAUGCACAUAAAUGUUCACAACGUGAAAAACAAAGUCAGAAUGGUGAACACCGUCCGAGUACUUGUACACUACCCCAUUGUAGUACAAUGAAAGAUGUAUUACAACAUAUGACAAAAUGUGAAAAUCUCAGAAAUUGCACAGUUAAUCAUUGCAUAUCUUCACGUCAGAUAAUUUUACAUUGGAAAAACUGUAGUAAUCUUCAGUGUCCAAUAUGUCAACCAUUGAAGUAUCCAACGCCAAAAAUAAAUCAAGCCAAAGAAUGGCAACAACAAGUGACGCAAGAUAUGAGAAAUCAUUUGACACAAAAAAUUUGUUCCGCAUUAAUUCCAGCAUCUGACUCAAAUUCCUUGAAAGAUAAACGUUUGAAUCAUAUACAAAGUUACGCUAAACGAUUAGAAAAUGAGACCUUCGAAAUAGCUAAUAAUCAAGAAGAAUAUUUUCAUAAAUUAGCCGAAAAAAUUUAUAAAAUUCAAAAAGAAAUUGAAGAUCGAAAAGUGAAAAAGGAACAACCAGUAAUGCAAACAAUGACAAAUCAAACAACAAUCAACACAUGUACAUCUAUUGAUAAAUCAGCCGGUGAACAUGGACCUCCUAAUCGUAUUGCACCACAAUCAGAAAUUCCCUCAUUUUCAUCAUCCGCUUCUUCAUCAUUAACUCAAACUGGUUUUCUACAACAGAUAAAAAGUGAACCAGUGUUAACAUUCAAUAACAAUACUGUACGUUCGAUACAUAACAACAACAAUAACAAUUAUUCAUCGUCUGAUACUAUCAAUACAAUGGAAACAUCGUCGGCACCCACCGAUAUGGAAGUUGAUAGUCAAAAUAAUAAUAAAUAUUUAACCGAAACAUCUAAACAAACAUCGAUUGAAGAACAAUCAAUAAUUAUCAAAAAAGAGGUAGAUAACAAUAGCGACUUUAUAAAAUCGAAAGUAGCUUCACCAGCGACGAAACUAGCAACAAUAACAGAUACAACAGAAGAUGUGAAACCCAAACUCCCUCAAAUUGAUUCAACAAGUAAACAACUGCCGAAGUAUCCAGUGACAUUCACGUCAGAAGAAUUACGCGAACGACUUGAACCUGUCAUUCACAAAAUGUUGACAUAUGAGGAUUCACAUCCAUUCAGACAACCGGUUGAUCCUGUAGCACUAAACAUUCUGGUAACAGCCAUUAAACUAGAAAGUUCUUCUUUAACUUGUGUCUUCAUUUCAGGAUUACCCUUCGAUUAUCAAACAUCCAAUGGAUAUCUCCACAAUCAAUAA